AUGUUUUGGGUAGCCAAGUCCUUUUUCUCAUCAAUCUUCGUCUGCCGCCUACUCAAACGACCCAGAAUAAAUUAUAAGAAGUUGAUUUCAGUGAAUGUUAACGAUGGCUGCCAGACUGAAACUGGUUUCAUUGGGUUCAAAAUUUUAACGAUGGCAACCAUCGACGUUACGAAAUAUUCCCAUAGUCCGACACACAAAGCCGUAGUAACAAAAGAUUACGGUGGUCUGAGAAAAAUCAUCGCCGGACUACCACGCCUCUGUGACCCAUCGGAGAUCCACAACGAAUCAAUCUCUUUAACCGAGGAAGCCAAAGCCGAUACAAUCUCUUCCGUAAUCGACCGACGGGAUGUCCCUAAUCGCGACACCCCACUUCACCUAGCAGUCAAACUUGGUGACGUCACCUCCACAGAAAUGCUCAUGCUUGCGGGAGCAGAUUGGAGCUUACAAAACGAACAUGGCUGGAGUGCUUUACAAGAAGCUAUAUGCAACAGAGAAGAAGUAAUCGCUAGAAUCAUAGUCAGACAUUAUCAACCAAUCGCCUGGGCUAAAUGGUGUCGCAGAUUACCUCGUUUAGUAGGAACAAUGAGACGAAUGCGUGACUUCUACAUGGAAAUCACUUUCCAAUUCGAAAGCUCAGUCAUCCCGUUCAUUUCCCGAAUUGCCCCUUCCGAUACCUACAAGAUUUGGAAACGUGGCGCGAAUCUAAGGGCAGAUAUGACAUUAGCCGGUUUCGACGGAUUCCGUAUUCAACGCGCGGAUCAAACCGUUUUAUUCCUGGGAGACGGAUCCGAAGAUGGAAAAGUCCCGCCCGGGUCCCUCUGCAUGAUCUCACACAAAAACAAAGAAGUGAUGAACGCUUUAGAUGGCGCAGGUGCACCGGCUUCUGACGCGGAGGUGCAACAGGAAGUCCAAGCCAUGUCUCAGACAAAUAUAUUCCGCCCGGGGAUUGAUGUGACACAAGCGGUUCUUUUACCUCAGAUGACGUGGCGCAGACAGGAGAAAACCGAAUCGGUUGGGAGUUGGAAAUGUAAAGUGUAUGAUAUGCAUAAUGUGGUUGUGAGUAUAAAGUCUAGGCGGGUCCCGGGCGCCAUGUCAGACGAUGAGUUUUUUUCAUCGUGUAAUGAAAACGAAACGGAAAGCGAGGAACUUAACGAGCUUUUAACAGAUGAAGAGCGGAAACAACUCGAGGCGGCACUAAAGUUUGAUUCUUCCGAAUUUGGCCACGAAAAUAACGAAAACGUGAUUGGGCAUCGACAUAGUUGUUUUGAACAACGCGAUAUUCCAAUUGAAGAUAUACCGAGUUACAAAAAUGGUGAGAUUAAAGUUGAAAAAGAUAAAAAAGGGUGGUUCGAUGGGUGGAGGAAAGGCGGGAAUAAAGUUGACCGGGGUGGUCGAAAGGGUGUGGCACCGCCUCGUGGGUCGUUAUGUUUAGAGGAAAAGGUUAGUGAUCUUCUUGGUGACUCACCCCCUAGUCAAAGUCAAAGUCAAGGUCAAGGUCAAGGUCAAAUUCAACCGGGGAGGCAUUCAAUGGAGGUGACUGUGAAAGAAAAUGAAAGUAGGAAAGUGAAGGAAUUGAAGGCAUCUUCUUCAAAUGGGUCAACAGGUGGAAAUAGAAGGAAAGAUGGAAGUCGUGAGAAUGAGUAUAAAAAAGGGUUGAGGCCGAUUCUUUGGCUUGCUCCUAAUUUUCCUUUGAGAACUGAGGAGCUUUUGCCUUUGCUUGAUAUUUUAGCGAAUAAAGUUAAGGCGAUAAGGAGAUUGAGAGAUUUGCUUACUACAAAACUUCCAAUGGGGACUUUUCCUGUUAAGGUAGCAAUUCCAGUGAUCCCCACCAUAAGGGUUUUAGUUACUUUCACAAAAUUUGAAGAACUACAACCGUUGGAUGAAUUCACGACCCCACCUACAAGUCCGACAAGUGGCGAUCGUGACAGCCCAUCAAUGGCCAAUCAAUCCUCCACGUCAUCAUCAUCUUGGUUCCAGUGGAUCAAAACUCCAUACCACCGUGCCAGCUCAUCAUCUGGUGCUUCAAGCAGCAGAAUCGAAACUACUCAAGACCCUUUUGCUAUUCCUGCUGACUACACAUGGAUCAGUGCAGAAGCCAAGAAGAAGAAAAUGCAGGAGAAGAACAAAUCAAAGAAAGGAAGAACUCAAACUCAAAUCAAAGAAUGAUUUGAUUGAUUGAUUGAUUGAUAUAAUACCACCAAUUAUUGGGUAAAAUUGUUUUAUUGAAAUGUUUUACUAAUUUGCACUAGUUUAAACAAGGAAGUUUGGAGCCAUGACUUGUGAGUCUUUCUUAGGGUUGAGACUCCAGUAAAUCAUUGUGGGGGGUAUAAAAAGUUGAAGUUGUGAUUCUUGAAUUGCUUCGUAGCCUUUGUGGAAUUUGAUUGUUUUGAUUUUGUG